AUGCCACGGAACCACCAAGCACCCGACCUUGCGGCAGCUCUUGCCCGGAGCCUGGUUGGAAAAAAUUAUAGCAUCCCGGACCUGAACGCGCUUCUCGGUGGAUGGCCAGCCGGGAUAAAUGAGCAUUUGGAGAGACUCCGUCCCGUUGUUGACCAGAUGCUCGAGAGUAUUAUCGCUAAUAAAAAGAUCCUACCUGGCCUUAAGAGAUGCGACUUUGCCCUGCUUACCUCACUAGCCGCUUGGACUGAGCUCGAAGUAGCCGCCGCUUUUAUGGUCUGGAUCUUUGUUUGGGAUGAUGGAAUUGAUGAGGGUGACUCUGAAGUGGCGACGCAUGAGCAAUGUGCCCGCAUAUACUGCAAUCAAUCUACCGCUUAUGCUCGCUGGGCAUUGGGGCUUGCUAGAAACACCAACAAGCAGCACGGCAUUUUAUGCCAGAGCGAAGAGCCACAGUGCUCCGUCCCGACUAUGUCUCUCUUCCACCGAAUGUGUUCCGGAUUAUAUCUGAAGAUAGAUAAAGUUCAACGACAGCGGAUGUUUCAGGAAACCGAGUCUUACAUGGCCUCCACCAUGAUUGAGCAGUCAAACCGGCAAUCUCAACAGGUUCCAACGCCGGAGCAGUAUUUCGACAUGCGCCUAGUAACGUCUGGGAUCUACCCUGCUCUUGCCCUUUUUGACUACAUAGCAGGGGUGAGGCUCCCUGAGUCGAUUAUGGAGUCUAACUCUAUGAAAUCCCUCUGGAGGGAAACGACCAUCCUCUGCAUGCUAGUCAACGAUAUUUACUCAUUUAAGAAGGAGCUGGCGUCUGGUUCGGUAUUGAACAUGAUCCCAGUUCUAUUUAACGCUAGAGUCACCGACGACCUAAAUGAAACUAUGGGGGUUCUCGUGAAUAUUAUGCAUAACUCGAGCAUCGCGUUCGGCAAAGCAGCUGAAGAACUUGCUGAGCUAGCGAGCGUCGCAAGAUUAGAAGCAGAGGUUGAAACUUACAUCGAUGUCUGCCGCACAGUUGUGACAGGAUUGAACAAGUGGGCUUUGACAACAAAGAGGUAUAGCAUGGAGAAAUAUCAACGCAAAGACGGUUCCAUCAUCAUCGCCCUGUAA